AGCAGCUCGUGUUGACCGGGCCCGACAGGUUCUGGGCUCCGCGUUGCCCGGACAAAAAUAGCGAGGGAGAAGGAAAAAUAAGAAGCCAUCCGGCCAGUUCCUUUUGGCUUCGAUCCUUCAUUUGUUCCAUUCUCUCUUCGUUUCCUUCUGCUGAGCGCCGAGAGAAGAAAAAAGAAAGAGAGAGGGAGAGGGAAGGGAAAAGAAAGGGGAGCGAAAGAGAUGGAGCAUCUUUUGGGCCUGAUCCGCGUGCGCGUGGUGAGAGGGGUGAACCUCGCCUACCGCGACACCAGGGGCAGCGAUCCCUACGUCGUCCUUCGUAUGGGCCGCCAGAAAUUGAAGACCAGUGUAAAAAAGAAGAACGUCAAUCCUGAAUGGAAUGAAGACUUAACUCUUUCGGUGUCAGACCCUACUCAAACAAUUAGGCUCGAAGUCUUUGACAAGGACACAUUCAGCCGAGAUGAUAGAAUGGGUGAUGCAGAGUUUGGAAUACAGUCAUUUUUAGAGGCUGUAAGGAUGGAUUUGUCUGGUCUUCCAAAUGGUACAAUAAUCACGACUGUGAGACCUGCGAGGAAUAACUGCCUAUCUGGUGACAGCUCCAUUGUGUGGAAAGAUGGCAGAAUUACCCAGGAUCUUGUUCUUAGGCUGAGAAAUGUGGAGAGUGGUGAAGUGGAGCUGCAACUGCAAUGGGUUAGCAUUCCUGGGGCUGCAGGCUUGUAGGGCAAGCUAUGAUACCGUUCACAUAUAUGUAGCAUGAUGCACAACCAGAUGCCAAACUUCUAGUUCCAUUGCUUCAGGUUUUAUACAAAUUAUGGCACAAUGCACUUGCUGAUAUGUCUGACUACAAGCAGCACCUUAUUCGGGCCAACUAUCUGAACUUUUUAUUAUUGAGAGUGCUAGGAGCUUUGUUGCAGGGGCUCAAACAGCAGUGAUUCUUACCAUUGGAUCUAUAAAAUAAAUACACCCCAGCUAUUUUCUA